AUGCCUCUACUUGAUGGUGUAAACCAAACCUCUUCGUUGUCCGGCCAGCCUCUGUGCAUUGAUCACGUUCUUUAUAACUCCCCUCCCUCUGACUUCUCAUCUUUCUUUAUUCCCCACUUUUCCUUAUUCCCUUCCUUUUCUUUCCACUAUUUUUCCUCUCCUCCUUUUCACUAUUACAUCCUUUUCCUCCUCUCCAACUUUCUUUUUCAUUCACCUCCCCCAUCUUUACUUUAUAUAUUUCAAUUUCUCUUUUUCUUUAUUUCCUUCCCUUCUACACAUCCAUUACUUGAGCCUUUUCUUCAUUCCUCAUCGGUCUUCAUCAGCUUAAUCUUUUUUUCCUUUUUCUUACUUCAAUUGUUCCUAAUCUUUCACUUUCUUUUCUGUUCUCUCUUCCUUCAUUUGAUUCUUUUUUCAUUUGCUUACUUUGAUUUCCUGUUUCUCCUUUUCUUAUUCUUCUCUCCUGCUCUUUUCUUUCUUCUUCUCUCCUUUCUUUCUUUCUUCUUUCCUUCCUUUUUUUCUUCUUCUUCUCUCCCACUUCUUUCUUUCUUUCCUUCUUUCCUCCCACUCCUUUCUUUCUUUCCUCCCACUCCUUUCUUUCUUUCUUUCCUCCCACUCCUUUUUCUUUCCUUCCCCCUCCUUUCUUUCUUUCCUCCCCUCCCAAAAAUUUCUUUUCUUUCUUUCUUUCUUUCUUUCUUUCUUUCUUUCUUUUUUUCUUUCUUUCUUUUCUUUCUUUCUUUCUUUUUAUUUCCUUUCUUUCUUUUCCCCCUUUCUUUCUUUCUUUCUUUCUUUCUUUCCUCCCCAAUUCCUUUUUCUUUCUUUCUUUCUUUCUUUCCUCCCACUCCUUUCUUUCUUUCUUUCUUUCUUUCCUCCCCUUCUUUUUCUUUUUCUUUCUUUUGCCCUACUCGAUUCUCUCUUUUUCUCUCCCACUCCUUUCAAUUCUUCUUCUCUCCCACUCCUUUUCUUCUUCUUCUCCCCUACUCUUUUUUCCCUAUGAUUUAUUUUUCAAUUUUACAUCUUCUGUCUCUUUACUACCAGACAUGUCUCCUUUCCUAUUUUCCAGUUCCUCACUUUAGCUAUUCUUGCUUUCUUUAUCUCUCCACCCCUCCUUUCUCUUCCUCCUACUUCAUAUCUGCUAUCCUUGUUUCUGUUUUUCUAAAUUGUAGUCUCAUUGCCAUGUUAUUUUUCACUCCCUCUCUCUACUUGUCAACUGAAUUUUUCCUUUUGCUACUUCCCUCCUCCUCCUAUCACUCUCUCCUCCUACCUGAUUUAUUUUCCCAUAUUCCACUUCUCCUUCAACCCACUGACUCUCUUUGA